AUGUCGAAGUCAGAUUAUUUUUGCGGAUCAUCCCUAGGUGACAAAAACAUCAGUACAGACUCAUUAUUUCUUGGCUUGAAGGAUAAAUCCAAGCCGUUUUCCAACACGAAAUGCCGGCAACGCGAUGAAGCCGAACGAGAACACCUGAAAGAAGUUUGGAGUGUCCAGCAAGUUCCAAAAAAAUUUGAAGGUUUGUCGAAACCCUCGGUUAUAGUCGAGAAAUUACUGUUCAUAAGAAAAUCCGAACAUGAAACUGCGGUCAAACACUUACAACGAGAAUUGGACGACUUGCGGAAAACAUACGAGAUGGAAAUAAACGGUUUGCGAAAAAAUUUACAGAACGAAAUCGACCAGAUUCGCGCCGAAGUGGAAAUUAAAAAGAAAAGCUUUUGCGAACUUUCCUGCUUGAAGGGCGAAGAUUACCAGAAAUUGAAGAACGAAAUAAAUAUACUCAUGACGCAAGAAAGAUCGGCCAUCGACGAAACUUUCGAGCUCAUCAAUAGUGUAGAGUCUAAAACUCAAAGCGACGCGGUGCUGGUGUUCAAAAAGCACAAUGAUGUUUUACGAGAACUGUUCUACCUACAACCCUGUGAACUAAACAAGUUGAUGGAGAAAAAAAUCAUGGAGUACAAUCAAACGACCCUGAGCAAUUACAAAAGGUACGAGGAUCUAAAGCUGAAGCUGCGCCUGUCAGCCGACGCGUUCAAGAAAAAUUACUGUGUCUGGCUGAAAAGAACGAGAAAGGACAGAAAAGCGGUUUGCCGGAAAAGCGCUUUGCACGAUUUCAACGUCGAGCGCGAGAAAUUAAAAAACGCCGGCUCAGAGUACCUCAGGAGCAUGGAGGGGACAGCCGCUCUGUGUCGCUUGAAAAGCAGGAAAACCGUCAUCUCCGAGACGAUUGGCCAGUGGGUCGUGUCCGUUCCCUAUCCUGAGUCCAGGCUCCUCCAACAAUCCGAACAACUCGAUGUCGUUAUAUCAUCCCUGGACUCGACGAUCGGAGGGUUCAUUGACUCCUACAACUGCCACAUGUCCAGACGCGCUGGUAGAUUGCUAAAGAAGCUGGAUCGUUUGAAGGCGAUCAUGGGAACGGAUUUCGACGGAGACGACGAAUGCAGAGCCGCCGAAGAGAGCUGCAGCAGAGCAAAGGAGGCGAUUGACGACUUCGUCUUGGAAUUGAAGAGCAUUUGGAGUCGGGACAUAAAAAUGAUCAACGAGAGAGCCACCGAAGCCUUGAAGCCGUUCCGAGAUUUCGGAUCUCCCUGGGACAAGCAGUCCUUGAGCUUUGUGAAUUUGCAAGAGAAGGUGGCCCUGCAGCUGCAGAGUAGAGCAGCAACGAACGCGUUGGGACAUGGCGAUUUGCUGAACAAAGUCGGUGCCGAGGUCGACACCCUGAGACAGGAAGAAAACGUGCCAAAAUUGGAAAAGAGAUUAGUUGUGGUUCUUUCAAUCUUGGAUCAAAAAAGUCGAAAGUAUCAAAAUGACUUCAACGAAGACGUCAAGAUAAUUAAAAAGUCCAAGGAGCUCGUGAAAAAGGAGCUCAGUGCCAUGCAAAGUAAAAUCGACAAGUUCCUCCAAGCCAACGACAACGAACCAACGAAAGUUGUCUCUGAAACCAGUAGCCGCGGAUCGUCCUGCGAUUCGAUGGAGGACGGCUAUUUGUGCGACGAAGUCAAUCUCGAGGAACUCAUUGUACGCGAGCUUCGACUCGUUGGCCGACAAGUCGAGUCCCUCGAUCGAUGGAAAACCGGUUUUGCUUCUAGACUCCUGAAAAACAUUUCUUCGUGCCAGUCGUUCUUCGAAAACGACUUUGCCCAAGUGGUUGAAAAAUGGCAGGAAGAGUUGAUAGACGACGCGUCCUUGGGCCUAAAAGGCGAUCUCGAAGCUGUGGAAAAAAUGCGGGAAGACAUUCGUGAAAAUACCUACGAGACUCGUUUGCACGAGUUGGAGCAGCACCAGCAGCAAUUAGAGAAGCACAACAAAAUGAUCGUCGGUUUGAUUAGCGAGUCGUCAAAGUGCGCGGCCGAUUUCUUGCGCUUCACGGACGUUUCCGAGGAAUACAAUAUCCGAGCUCUGCAGAUGCUCGAGGAGUACGGCUCGAAAAUCAAGCACAGCUCCCAAACAAAGUGUUUGCGCAAUAUGUUGAAAGGCUUGAAAGAAAAGUACAAGGGCAAAGUCGAGCUAAGAGUUGACGGUGUGGUGAAGAGGAUGACGAGAAAAAUAUGCAUGAUGAAAAGAAGCAACGAAGCAUUCGUCGAUGCCAUCACAUUGUUCGCGGACGGUGGUAAUUAUAGUAAAGAGGAAUUGAAAAAAGCUCAGACUGGAAUGGGUGUGCUGUUGAAAAAGAUUCAAAAGGACGAAUCGGAGGGUCGGCAAAAAAUAAAAAAGGCCCAAGAUCUCGCCAACGCUCAGAUGAAUGGCAUUGAAAAAUCUUACUUUGAAAGUUUAAGCGUUACAGAGCGAAAAUUAAAAUUAUUGGAAGACGUGGAUAGAGCUAUGGUAAAGUGCGAACAUCUCGUAGAAAUGAAAACAAAGGAGCUGAUUGACGCGGAUGACAGAAUUCGAGAAGAAAUAGUGCGUUUUACAGAAAAAUGUUACGAUCGAUUACCACACGAUGAAAUAACUGCACUAUUGGAUCGAUUGGCGAACAAAGUGAAACAAGCUUUUCAUUUUGUUCAGGGACCUUUUCCAUCAGUUAAUAUACCGAAAAACUUGAGUGAAACCAUGAACACGGUAAGAAAUAAUACCACAAAGCAAAAGAAUCCUAAGAAGCAAAAACAUGAAGUACCUCAGGUUGUGGACAGCAACAUAAUAGAAUAUGACAAGGAUAAUUUUGCCUCAUCUGUAGUCAAAUUCGUUCGCGACGCUUUAAGUGUUAUCAACAGCAAAGGAAUGGAUUUUUACUCCACUUUAAAGAAUAAAAAGGAACAUUUGUCGUUCCCUGAUAAAAAUAAAAUUUGCGAGGAAUCUUUCGACAGUGCUCUGGGGCGUUUGAAUACUCUGUGUGAUACUGUUUUCAAUUUUUGGACCUUAGAAGCUAAAAGGAUUUUGGAUUUUGUUCGUACCUUAGAAAUGCCAUCAUUAGAAUGGUAUUUGGAAGAUGAAGUUGAAUCAAAUGAAGAAGAACAGUCAGUUAAAACGACUACUACAAGUGAAAGUGAUAUCAAUGUUUAUGUUAGCACAAAAAUUGACAAUACUUUUACGGAGUUUCAAAAUACACUCCAAGAGAUGUUGAAAUUGCUUCAGUCCAAAUAUACAUCAUAUGAAAAUUCUGACGUUGAGAAAAGUUUGAAAGAGAAUACUAUAUCAAAUUAA